AUGGUGCAGAAACAAUUAAGCUGGUUGUACACUUACGUUAGUGUUAUUUGGAGCGUCGAAUGUGCCACUGCAAUAUUGGACCCAGCAUUGUAUUUAUCACCAAGCCCACCCAUGUCACCCACCAGUGGUAGCAUACUACCAGGAGACUUGUGGUUGAAACCUUUCAGCCAGAGACAUGCACGGGACACUGAAGACCUCGUUGUACUACCUAGUAUUGAAUCGAAACAACAAACAACAACAGUGAAAGAGGAAACAAUGGAAAAGGCAGAAACUUUCUGGCCAAGAUUUCGUAGUGCGUCCUACGGCCUUAGGGGCAUCCAUAUUCCGGUGACUUUCAGCAUAUCUGGCAACUAUGGCAGCAAUGGUUAUAGUAAUUUUGGAGCCGCGGGUAUAAUCGGCAGCAGUUAUGCAAGUGUGUCUAAUGAUGAUACAGGCAUAUUUGGCUCCUAUGGUAAAUCAGCUUUAGCAGGGAGUAGCUAUGGAAGUUAUGGGUCGGGGUACCCGGGAAUAAGAAUAUUUGGAAAUUCCGGAAAACCAAGUUGGAGUGGUUGGGGUAAUGGGAAGUGGGGACAUUAUGGCAAAGGAUAA